ACCGCACAGAGGAAUAUCAGGCUUUGGCUGCACAAAGAAUACUUGUUAGUAGGAUCAAUUCAUUGUUGGUUUUGGUCUUUUCAUGGGAUUUGUUGACAAUAAGAAAAAUACAGAAUGUCACUAGACUCGUACGUUAAGGACAUUCAUACUUUGGGGUGUAAAACUGGCACCACUGGGGAAAAAUAUAGGUAGACAAAAUAAUGUAAACACUUGUUUAUACUAGUUUGGGGUUUGGAUACAAUACUCCUUGAGACUAUUCCAUUUGAUGUAUUUCUGUAAAUACGAGUUGGCCUCUUUUUCUAUUCUAUUCAGUUUAUUUGUCAGGGACAGUGCAUAUUAGUAAACAUUACUGUAAAUAUGCCAGAGUUAGCCAAAAGGCUAAUUUUCAUCCAUAUUCCCUGGCCAGGUGUGAAGUUGGCACCCUAAAGUCAAUCUAAAAUUUAAAAAAACAAGUUUAAAACAAUAAUAAUGAUGUAAGGCAUGUCAGUUACCGUAAAAACAGAACACAGACAUGAGCAGCAAUAAAAGCAGACCAAAUUAAAUUUCUACAGAACAAAGACAAACACAACAAACACAAGCAAGGGCAGACAUGAACAACAGCAGAAAAGUAAAUUAAAGUAAAUUACAGAACAGCUUUGCAAAAACAGACAUAAGCAAAGACAGAUAUGAGCAACAGGACAACAGUAGCACUAAGGUAGGUCAAGCAACAGGGCAGUUUAGCAGCAUACAAGUUGUACACUGACAGACAUUUGCCAAAAUGAUGAAGCCAUCCAAACUAAUGCUGACAGAUUUAGUGGCUUACAAGCUUGAGUCCUCACUGCAAUGUUUCAACCAGCUGUGAAUUUGAUUCAUCCAGACAUUGUACAACCCUCUGAAGUGGCCACAAUCACUUCAGUUUAAAGAUAAGUGAAAGGUCCUGGUAGUUUUUUUCUGAAGAUGCAUUAAAUUGCUCAAGGUCGGUACAAUGUGUUGGAGGAAAAUUGGGAAGGUGCUAUACAUACAACCUUGGAGAGACAUACAAUGUUCUUGCACUGACUAAUAUUUGUGCACAGGAAGACUUGAUAGGGCCUGAGAUGUGGGGUAAGGAGAGGGUGAGGAGGGAGAGAGGCUGAGAGAGGGGGAGGCUGCUCUUAUCAAAGGACCUCUCAGACUCUACAAGUUAAUGAGGGAUGUAGCAGAGACCCUGAAGCCCUCAGACCCCAACAGCUACACGCACGGACAGGCAGAGGGACAGACGGACCUACAGCGAAAAAUAAAAUAGAGGACAACACUGAAUUGGAAAUGACGUGGCGUGAGGUAAACAUUAUAUUUUAUUGCCUUAGCGUUUAAACCCGUCAUGAUUUACCCUUGUAGGAUCCUGAAUCAAAAGAGUAACCAAUUUAACCAACAUCACUUUCACCAAGGAGUGCUUGUGUUUUUUUAUGGCAGCAAAAGCAACACUGUUAUAGGCCAGAUGGUUAUGAAGUGUUGUAAUUUUGGGACUAUUGAUGCAUUUCUUUUAUCAAGAGCACAAUGUGUUACAGUGUUGAAAUACAGCUUACUGACAUGGAGUUGACUUGUUUGUGUUAGAUAUGGUGAUAGAAUAAGUGUUGUCAUUGUCUCUUUUAGUGUUAUUUAAGAUCACUUGUGUCAUCUUUGACAUUUGAUAGCAGUAGAAGGACUGUCUUAAGAAGUAGAUUGAUAAACAUAAUUGUCAGCAUACAGUAUACAGCCUUCAUCAGGCUUUGUGACUAUAAAAAGCUUGUGACUGUAUCAAUAUGUGUUUGAUGAGGGAUCCCAGCACUAGUUAGUUUGAUUAAGUUUUUCUGUUUUUAGCUACCCCAAAAUAAAAAAAAGAUGUUUGGUGAUCUAAAUAUGGUCCCUCUUUGUUUAUGUCCCCUUUCUCCGAGGAGCUACGUAGUCGGCAGUUCUGGCGUGCCAUACUGGCAGAGCUGCUCGGCACCUUGGUAUUAGUGAGCGCCGUGCUGGGUGCCUCUGUGCCAGGCCCUGGCGAGGCCCCUGGGGGACCCCUGUACCCAGCAGUGGCAGUGGGUGCAGUGAUUGUUGCACUGGGACAUUGCUUUGGAGAAAUAAGUGGGGCACAGGUGAACCCUGCAGUGACUCUGUCACUGUUGGCCACUCGAAGGCUGGAUGUUCUCAGGGCCCUUGUUUACAUUGCUGCACAGUGUUUGGGGGCCUCUUUAGGAGCCGGGGCCCUCUACCUGGCCCUGCCGCUCAAAACCACUGCAGAAUACUUUGUCAACAGGGUUCCUAUUGAGUUGAAUGCAGCCCAGGCUCUGGGCGUAGAGGUUUUGUGCACCUUCCAGAUGGUCUUCACUGUGUUCUCAGUGGAAGAUCAGCGGCGGAGGGAAAGCCCAGAACCAGGAAACUUGGCCAUUGGAUUAGCACACACUACUGGAGUGCUUAUAGGGGCACGGUUCUCUGGUGCAAGUAUGAACCCUGCGCGUUCUCUGGGUCCAGCCAUCGUCACUGGCUUCUGGGAAAACCACUGGGUUUAUUGGAUUGGACCGGUGCUCGGCGCUAUACUGGCGGGAGUGUCCCAUGAGUUCUUCUUUGCACGCAGUGCCUCUCGCCAGAAGCUGGUGGCAUGUCUGACCUGUAAGGAUAUCGAGAUUGUGGAGACGGCCAGCAUGACUGGAUCAUCGCUGUCCACAGUCACACAGAACGCCAUGAGAGCCAAGCAAGCCAACAAACAAGAAAACAACUGAGGACAAAUGCAUGAAAAAAAUAAAUAGAAACACAUAGACUUUGCAAUAUCACAGUGAUUUUUAUGAAGAUGUACAGUUAAUCAGUUGUGUAGGCUUGACAGUGGUGGGGACCAAAGAAAAGGGAGUAGCUGUGCAUUAAGUCAAACUUCUCACAUAUGAGCUCAUUUAACAUUAAUAACAUAUGAUGUAAUAUACAAAAUUAUACAGUUGCUGUAAACGAUCCGAGGGAGGAAAAAAUGUGUUUAUUCUGUUUUUAAUGUUACUGUUUAGAGUUUUAAAGAACCUUAUGAAGAAUUCCAGUCCAGUGAAGAAAUACUUAAAUCCUUUACUUAAGUGAAAGUAGUUACACCUCAAGAGCUUUAGAUGUUGUCUAAAAGUCAGUCUGUCACUGAGCUGAAACAAAGUCAAUAUUUUGGUAAUACAAGAUUCCUACCCCAUAACAGUAAUAUUUUAUUUGAGGAAUCAAAGUAACACGUAGGCUAAGUGCAUCUGACAGAUAAAUGUGGUUGAGUAAAAAAAAUAUUUCCCUAUAAAACAUAGUGGAGGAGAUGAACUGAAUUUAGUUGACUGAGGGUUUUAUUUCGCAUGAAUUCAUCUUUUUGUUUAUAAGAGGAAGAAUGUGUCAUUUCUUAUUUCAAAGUUACAUAGUCUCGCUAACAUACGUUGUGGGCCUGCAGGUGCCCUACAGGUUCCUUUUUGUUUCUUUUUCAGAGACCACAGUAAAUGUAAAACUCCCAUGCUGCUCAGGUAACAAUAAAUAAGGCAACAAAGGGAACUGUCAAGUGAUCACUGUGUUCCCCUGGCACAUUUCAGUGAGUUAUCCUUUCACUGUCCUUCUACUGAAACAUCACCAGCUCGUUCUGGAGGUUCAUAAUGUUCAUCGAAUUCUCAAAUGAGUCUUUGCUUUUUUUUUGCACAAGUGGAGAUAAAUUAAUGUGGAAGCUGCAUUUUAAAGGGGCUGAAUGUGACCUUUGAGGUCCUAGUUGCCUGUCAUUAGUGUAUGUGAAAGUGUGGCCAAUAUUGUGAGAUUCAGUUUUGUUACUUUCACAUUUGCACAUCAUUAGAAUAUAUAAUGGAGACUCAUUGAAAUCCUGCUGAAAAACAACCUUAUGUUCGCCAUUUUCAGUUGCGUCCCGUGUCUGUGGGUGCUUUGAAAUGCUAAAGAGGUCCUUGUCUUGCAUUGUGGGUUCAAUGAUGCUCUCAAUCAGUCCGACAUCUCUCUCAUGUCUGUGCCUGUUAGCGUUCAUCUCUUCUCCGAGGCCUCCUAUUCACAAUCAAAUGGACCUUCAUACCUCUGUAAUGGCUCUACAGAAAGAACACCUUCACUGGAAAUAAGCUUUGUAAUUUAAAAUUAAUACGAUGAGUGUACAUGUGUGUGUUUACAUGUGUGUUUGGGUGUAUGAGUGUGUUUUUGGUUUAAGUUGCCAUGUUUGUCUUGUCUUAAAAUAUGUUUUGCAUGCAAUUGAAAGGGUCAGUUCACCCAAAUUACAAAAAUAACUCACAUUUUGUCAAUAACCUCUAGUGGUAUUUAGUCUUACAGAUAGAUUUGGUUUCAUUUUUUUCAGUGCAGGUGGUAAGUGAGAAAAUAUGUUUGUUUUUUUGUAAUUUGGAUGAACUGACCCUUUAAAAUCAAUAUUUAAUAUUAAUAUUAACAAUUGAGGUAAAACAUGUUGACUGUACACUGUACUAUCUGGAUUUGACAAGUCUAAAAUAAAACCAUGUUAGCAAUCAGUUUCA